AUGACGGGAGAGACCUAUAAGAGAAAAUGUGUUGAGGAAAUCCAUUUUCCAAGUAUUCAGGGUCCAUGGAUCAUACAAUCAAUCGAUGAAAUAAGGGAGGUGUCUUGGAUCAAUCCCAUCUUGUCUUUUUUACAAGAUGGGGUACUACCUAAAGAACCCAUGGCUGCAACAAGACUUCAAAGACGAGUAGUGAAUUUCACCAUCAUUGGUGUUGAGUUGUAUAAAUGCGCUUUCACCGGACCAUACCUGAAGUGUCUCCCACCUACAAAAGCUGACUAUGCACUCCGAGAAGUUCAUUCAGGAGUAUGUGGCGAGCAUCUCGCAGGAAGAGCUUUGGCAUCUCAACCAUACUCCCGCUUCUAG